UUCUGUAAACCUAAAUAUUCGCACCUUCCAGUUCCUUCACUACCCUUUAAAGUUUAAUCUUCCCCCACAUAUAAACCAAACCUCUAUCCUCACUUUCUCAAAACACAGAUUCUCUUUGUCGAUCUUAUCUGAUAUACUUUCUACAUAAAAAAUUUGAAGAAAAUAAUGCAAGCUUAUGGUAGAAUGAAGAGAGUCACUGACCCAUUUGACGACAAAAUGAAAGCUCGUAUCAUUGGUCGUGACCCGCAAGAAAACUGUUACCUCAGUAGCGGAAGCGAACAUAGUGCCCACGCCGUUGAUGAUGAUGAUGAUGAUGAUGCUUCCUGUAGCUUUUCUAAUCUCAUUUUUGGUUUUCCUGAUGACAUGGAGGAGAAUGCGUCAUCGGAGAGCGAUUCAGACUCCGACAAUGAAGAUGUGUCAGCGUGUAAAGAAAUGAAUCUUGAACAUAAAUCAACUCCUAAAACUAGCUCAAGAGGUGAAGAUUGUUCAAGUCGUAUUAAAGAGAUCACCCAUCCCUUAAAUAAACGAUGUGAGACUCUUAACACAAUGUACGAUUCGACUCAUGACGUGAUUGAAGAUGUGCCAAAACCGAUCUUCUAUAGCGGCAUGGAUUUAUUCCGGAAUUCGGUUUCGACUAAGGUUAAGGAUGCAUUGAAAUUGUUUUCCUUUCUAAAGUCGAAUAAACCGAUCCUACGGCGAAAUGUAAUGACAUAUCUUAGGGGUUUUGGUUAUAAUGCUGCUAUAUGCAAGACAAAAUGGGAGAGUUCUGGUGGACUUAAGGCAGGAAAUUACGAGUUCAUUGAUGUAUUCAGAUCAGAUAAUAAUACUCGUUACGUCAUUGACCUUGAUUUUGCAGCAGAGUUCGAGAUAGCAAGGCCUACCAAUCAUUACGAGCGGUUGCUGAAGUCAUUGCCGAAUGUUUUUGUAGGUAAAAGCGAAGAGCUAAAGUGUAUAUUGAAGGUAAUGAGUGACGGUGCUAGGCUAUCCUUGAGAAGCAAAGAGUUACUUAUUCCUCCUUGGAGAAAAAAUCGGUUCAUGCAAAACAAGUGGUUAGGUGCUUACAAACGGACAAUUAACAUUUUGCCGUCUGUUAACGACUCAUCGGCUUUGUUGUUGCCGUUGAAGCAGACUAACGUCGUUAAGUGCCGCUCCGUUGGGUUUAAUGCUGCUGUUAACGGCCGUUUAGUGUUUCCUGCGGCACCUCGUACUAGGUGAUAGUGACAUGUGGAAAUUAGUCAAUUCACUUAUCAAUAGUUUGAGUUCAAAUAUUAAUCUUUUCGUUCCAAUGUAAGUAUUUUAUUUUUUUCCUUUAGUCUUUAUAUGAGUAUCUUUUUUAUAUUUAGUAA